AUGUUUAGAGCAAUCCCUACAGGAAAUAAAGUGCUUACUAAGAAAUGAAAUGAAAGAAAUGACGAACUCUUAGGCAAAAGGAUCAAAAAUAUCCGCCCUAUGAUCGAUAACACCUGCCCAAGCUCUUUUGGAGUUCAAAAAAAGUUAUAGAAAAUUCCUGGGGAUAGCGCGGAAUACGCUAUCCCCAGGACCAACCGGGAUCGGAUCCCACAUGGAACGAGGGUUCCAUGUGUGGAUCCAUUUUUGACACGUGAAAGUAAAUAUCUCACAUGUCAAAAAUGGAUCCACACAUGGAACCCCCGUUUCCAUGUGUGGAUCCGAUCCCGGUUGGUCCUGGGGAUAGCGUAUUCCGCGCUAUCCCCAGGAAUUUAGUAUAUCUAAAAGAGAAAAACUGAUUGAAGGUAAAAUCUAAAAAGAUCGAUACUCAGAAAUAGAAAAAGAUAAUAGGCAUCUGCUUGAAAGAAUGUCGCAAAUCAUGAAUAACCGAGCACAAUCUUGCAAACCAAAAACACAUUCUGUCAAAAGUUUAAAUUUAGAUUCAAGAAAAAGGUCUUUAAUAAACAUCACUUUAGAAAACCAAGCAAUGCUGAAAAGGCUAAGGAGCAAAAAAGCAGUUUAUAGUGUGAAAAAAUGAGAAGCAGAAAGGAAAAAUAACGAAAACAUUUUGAAUGUGAUUUGUGAGUUUCCAUAUAAAUUGGGCAAUAAUUUGAGGAUGAGAAAAACUAUAUCAGAAACAAGCUUCAAAAAAGUAAGACAGCGCGGAUCAAUUGAUAGUAAUAUAGAGAAGCCUACUACAUUACAAGAUCUCUUGUUUAAAAAAAGUGUUAUGAUUUCUGGGCGGAGCUUCAUGCUCGAAAUUAUGAGAGGAAACACGUAAAAAUUAUUUAGUCAUAUACAAAUUUUUGUAAUUGAUGGAGAAAACCAAAGAUGUUUUAAUUUAGAAAUGUCAAUUAAAGAAGUACAUAAGCUAAUCAAAGGAGAAAAUUAUGAAGAUUUAGUGAAAAUGCUGAUGCUAGAAAAUGAUGAACUUGUAUUAGUCAAAUAUGAAGCGAAAAAUAAAGACGAGAGAUCUCCAAAUAUUUCCUGUCCUGAUAUAUAA